CGCAAGCAAGAGGCUGCAAGGCGAAAAGGAAAGGGAGAUGAUCGGGUCUGUGGAAGCUCUUGGUAUGGGGCUCGGUUGGAAAACCCUACCGCCCCGCCAUGUUUGUCUUACAUGGAGUGAGGUCUUUUCCAAUGCCUCCAAUGCCGAUGGUUUCCAGGCACCCCUCUCUGAGUCUUUUGAGGAUUGGUGUGACAUGCGAUGGUGAAGAAGGCGCCGGGAGGAGGGAGAGGAAGCGCAGGGAUUCCUACAAGCUGUGGGGAUGGGGGCAUCGCCGUGCCCAUACCAGCUCUGGCUGAGAGAUGCAGGUGUUCUUAUUUCAGCCGCCUCCUCCACCAACCAUUCUGUCCGCUGCCGGAGAGCUCCGACAAACAACCCAGCCGUUUCAGAACAUCCCCCCUCUGCAUCUUUUGUCGUCGGCUGCAACAGAAUGGCACCGCUCCACGCAUCCGUCGCCCUCCUCCCUUUACACCUCCUCCCCCGGUGGUGCCGUGUUAUCCCUCCAUGGUUUGGCUCCUCAUGAAACCUCCACCAGCUGCAAAAUACCAUCUCCACCAACCAUUCUUUCCGCAGCCUGAAAGCUCCGACAAAGCACCCAGCCGUUUCAGAAGGGCAACUCCUUGUUUCCUUGCCACAUUCUACCGUUUUGACCUAGUGGGGUUCGCCUUAUCUUGAUCCAUCCCCGGCCAAUUUAGUCGCUCCCCAAAACCAACCCCCACUCCCCCUCCUCUCCCUCCAUUCGAUGCUCCCAUCCGAGCGCUCCGUCGCUUUCUUCGCCUUGCUCCUGCUAGGGUUACUCGUCUCCGGCGUGUUGACGCCCGUGGUGCUUGAUCCGUCGGCGGAGAGCGAAUCUUGGGGGACCGCAGCUGCCGCCGCUGCUUCUGCUUCCCCUCUUCCUUCUCCUCCUACUCCUUGGCUUUCAAUUCCUGCUCCGCCUACUAGCGAGAUCUUCCAGGAAGAAAAAUGGACCGACCGGCCAUUGUCGGGGGAUUUGGUACCGGUCGAGGAGUCUCCUCCUUUUGUCCCGGAUCCCAAAUCGGCGUUGCUAUUGAGUUCGGCUGAAAGGUAAGCACUUGGAUUUUGGAUUGGUUCAAGUAAGAGCAGGGUUUUCUGCUAUCGCUCGUAUGUUUUUGAUUGGUUGUGUUUGUUAAAGAUCUAACUUUUUAACGUUCAAGACACGAAUUUGAAGAUAGUUGUCGUGAAAUUUGACUCUCUCCUUUCGAAAUUCGACAUUACUUGCAGCUUAGUAGAGGCUAGCUGCUGUAACAAUGACAAUUUGCUAGCUGUGAUAGGCGUUCUUUUAAGCAUGUCGACUUGUGCGAAUAUGUGUUUCAAAGUAGCAGCAGCUUGAUUAUGGUAAUUCCUGAAAUUCUCAUGUGGCUCGAUGAAACAUUUUGCACCCACUAAGAACCAUUGGCUUUCUGAUAUUUUCUAUAUUAGCUUAUGGAAACAGUUGUUAGAUGAAUGCAUAGGUAUACCUUCAAGUGGGUGAAACUAAUACUAGGUGUUUUCAAGUUUUGUUAGUGCAAGUAAUUUUGGAUCUAUGAGCAAGCUUAUGAAUGCGAAUCAGCCAGUAAGUGUUCCUUAGGAAUUGUCACAAAUUCCGUUAUGGACCAUGACCAGAUAGUGGAGAGACUAAACGAUGAACAUAUUUCUUUAGUUGGAUCACGAGGCUUGCCUACUUCCCCAAAUGGAUCUCCACUGGGAAAUUGCAUUUUUGAUAGGCCAAAAUUUCCUACAGCAUAUUCUAGUUUUGUAAACUCAAGACAGAGACCCAGAGGUCCAAUCAGCUGGCUUUAUCACGAACAAGAGAGUUCUAAUACAUCAUGGAACUCAUUGGAUGAUUCAAAUACUUAUUCAAUCGACGGACAUUCUCAUGUUCAGCAAGGCCGUGGCUUGUCAACACAAUCUAUUUAUGGUCAUAGUUGGCUAUUUAUUCUCUCUGUGCCUAUAUUUGCAUUUUGCUAUUUUGGGUUGAGAAAGCUGUUCAAGAAUGAUAAAAAAUAUAAUGAUUUGAAGGAAAAGCAAUCUGUCGUUCCUAAGAAGAGAAAAUCUCGGAAGUCUGGAAAGUUGAAAAAUGCUACCAUCAGUGUUAGUCAUGACAGACAUACUUUAUCCAUGAAAGAGAAUGCUGAAACCAAUGGGCAUAAUCAAAUUCAGCUCAAUGGAAGUUAUUCAUUUAUACCUGAUGGUGAUAGUGAUGGGCGUUGGGUUGGAAGACUUUUUGUUACAAAUAUUGAAAUCGGUCACGGGAGCAAUGGUACAGUCGUCUUUGAAGGAUUUUAUGGUGGUCGUCCAGUUGCUGUAAAACGGCUUCUUCGUGCACAUCAUGAUGUUGCCUUUAAAGAGAUUCAGAAUCUUACUGCAUCUGAUCGACACCCAAAUAUUGUUCGGUGGUAUGGAGUAGAACAAGAUUUGGAUUUUUUGUAUAUCUCACUGGAGCGUUGUAUUUGCAGCCUAAGUGACUUAAUAUGCAUAUGCUCAGAUUCUUCUUCACAUUCAGUAUCUGUGGAAAAUCAAACUUUAAAUUCUGUGGUCGAAGAUAAAGUUCAAUUAAGCUUGGUGAAAGGUAUCAGAAAGGAUGUUAACUUGUGGAGAUCAAAUGGGUUUCCUUCAAGCCAACUCUUAAAGAUAAUGAGAUGGAGCAUUUUUCACUUCAGCUUCAACUGUAUGAAAAAGAACUUGAAUUGGAUAUACUUGUUGGGUUUGUUUACUUUUACCUCUUUUUAUUUGCUUGGAUCUCAAAUAAAAUAUUGUUCAUCAUCCCAUUAUUCUCUUUACUUCGUAUACUAAAUUUAAUGCUCGUGUCAUACUGAUCCACUUGUUAAUGCUGAUUAACUUGUUGAGGGUGUUUCAUAUGUUGUGUGCUUUGUGAAUUGAGUCUCAUAUAUAAAGCAGUAGUUGAAAGGGUAUUUGUUCUUUAUGCUGAACAAAUGAAACUCUUUGUUCCUCAAGGAUUUGUUCUUUAGGCUGAACAAAUGAGGCUGCAGGAAACUCUUGGACCUGUUCCUCGAGGAUUUGAUAUGUCCUUUGCAAGUCGAUUCCCAAAGCUCCUAAUUGAAGUCUACAAAGUGGUUUACCGAUUCUGUAAGGAAGAGGAUUCCCUUAGCAAGUAUUUCCAAAGCAGCCGCCUUUUGUAGAUUCAAAAUGCUUGUUUUGUACUUCUCGGAUGCAAUAACUAAACCCUAGUAUAUUAUCCUAAAAAGGUUGUAUCUACUAUGUUUAUAAUCCAAAUCCUUCUUAAUUCAUUGCAAAUUGUGAUUCACAUUUGGAA